AUGGGAAUCAUCCCGGCUAUAACGCAGACCGCUACCGACGAGAUAGUUCUGUACGCGCUCGCUACACGCAUUGCCGUGAGCCGGACCGUACUGUUCAAUUUUUUCUCAUUUCGCUGGGUUUCUAGCGCUGCAACUCAGGCUGAACCGCCGUUCCGUCGCAGUGCCGACGAGGUAUUCUCCAUCUGUUUGUAGGCACUAUUUCUUGCGUAUCUGUCAACACUCGGACCGCCGGCAGUGCUGGCCAUUAAGGAUGCACUGUACGCCUAUGCACCGGAAUAUGCACAUCCGUCGUACUCAUUUAGCUACGGUGUAAAAGAUCUACACAGCGGUGAUGUAAAAUCGCAGUGGGAAACUCGCGACGACGGAAUUGUUAAAGGUCACUACAGUGUCGUGGAACCGGAUGGGUCAAUUCGCGAAGUAGAUUACACGGCUGAUUCUAAAACAGGAUUCAAUGCGGUUGUCAAAACUCAUGGACCCAAUGCUCAUCCCGUCCAAAACGAACACGAAGAAUAUCGCUACGAUGAUCAUCAUUCUCAAUCAAAGAUAAACCACUUCAGUAAAAACCAGGAUCACAUCAUUCUAAGUUCCGAUGUUCCUCAUCACGAGGAAGACAUCGCCGAGCUGAGUGAGAAAAAACGGCCUACACCAUCUCUAUUAGAGUUGAAACCACACGUGAAUUUUGACUCUGAAUAUAAGGGAUACCGAGCACCGUAUAACAGUGGGAAAGAGCCAUUCUUCUCAAAAGAAUUUGAUUUCUCCAAAGACAGCUUCAAACCUACCAUUCGGAUAGAGGAGGUAAAGGCUCCCGAUCUGUCCAAAUUGAAGCCCAUUUCACCAUCCGUUGACUUCUCACAGCUCGGAGAAGCUGAGCUCAGUCCUUACUACACGCAGGACGCAGGACUAUAUCAACCAUUUGCUCAGUAUAAUAAUAAAAUUUCCCAUCCCAUCACGCUUCAAAAGGCCAAACUCAAUGGAAUUCGCCAAUCGAGCAGCCCAAAGAAAAAUCUUCUGAAACCUGCCGCUGUUCCGAAUGUAAAACAUUUUACCACGCCCAAAGUGUACCAAUUCAAGGCCCGUGGAGGUCCCCCGAAGCCGGACUAUUCCGCUUACUUUGGACCACCUACGGGAGCGGCUAAGCGGAAGGCAAGAACCGGCCCAGUUCUGUUCCCUGCAACGGAACAGAUGGUUGCUUCGAAUAAAAUUGUCCAGGCGAUGGUCAACCAACAGCAGCACCGACGAAUUCCAAUCUAUGCCAACCGAUUUGCGUAG